AUGGACGUGGAUGAUGAUGGAAGGGUACGGAAUGUGUUUUGGGCUGAUGCACGAAGUCGAGCGGCCUAUGAAUAUUUUGGGGACGUUGUAACCCUUGACACAAUGUACCUAACAAAUAGGCAUGCACUUAGAGUUUGUCAGUUGAAAAAGACUAAUGUGCUGCCAGAUCGUUACGUGUUGGAUUGCUGGAGAAAUGACUUAAAGAGGAGAUACACAUUACUUAGAAGUAGUUACGAUGACCAACGGGACAGAUCAGACGCACGGAAUUAUGAGCUUGUGGUUAAAAGAUGUUCGCAAUUGGCAACCAAAAUAUCCCCAGAUAAUGAAAAAGUCAGUGCAUUCCUACGUGUUGUUAAUGAAUUUGAUACAAAAUGUGAAGGUUCAGCACAUGAGUCGACAUUUGACCAAAUGAGGGCCAAACCAGAUGAGGUCUUGGAUCAGGGUAAGAAGGUGUUAAGCCCCAACGUGGUCAGAGGGAAAGGGAGACCCCCAAGUAAGAGGAAGAUGUCACCCAUGGAAAAGAUGGCAACAAAGAGAAAGAGACUGACUUGCAGGAAAAUCUUGGUAGAUGAAACACAAUUGGGUGACACUGCAGGAUCUCAGCAACACCAAUUUGAUGAUGGGGUUGGUGUUGGGACACAAAACUCCAUUCUAACACAUUCAACUCCACCGGGCAAUGAGAUGGGUGACUCAAUUGAUGCAAUGAAGUUAACAAUGUAA